AUGAAGACGCGCCUUUGUUUGAUAGACAUAACGCUGUGGUGCUUCGUGCUGUAUCUGACGUGGCACGUGCCCUUUAUCGAGAUGAGGGUAGACGACUUGGAGCAGCCUGCACUCAAGUACAGAGAGCAGCCUCCAGCGUCAACGCAGAAACCGGAACCACCGAAGCAGGAGCUAAAGCACGGCAAGUGUUUUCACAUGCCUCGCUCCCGUUGUCCACCAGAGGGCGUGAAGUGCACGCGUGUCGACCCAGUCUCCGUGUUCUGUUGCGAUGUCGAUAGCUUCCGGCUCAAGGAGGCGCUGGCGAUUGUUAUGACUCAGAAUACCACGAACCUUCACGUAUUGAACGCGAACAUCGAGGAGCUGGACGUCUCUCAGGCGGUGUUCCGACGGCUCUCCUCCAUGGCCUUCACCGAUGGCAACAUUGGAAAGAUUGUCGGUCAGUUCCCGAAGCACUCCCCGAUUGCGUGCCUCAACAUCUCUAACAACAACCUAACAAGCGCUAAGCUGCAGCCACCGAUACAGCGUCCGUACGCCUACCUGUUCAACCUCACGAUGCUGGACGCCUCCGCGAACAAUCUCACAGAGUUCCCGCUCAGCCUCGUGCACAGCAACCGCAAGAUCUCCGUCGACUUCUCGGGUAACAACUACCUGCCGUGCAAGCACUUCCAGAAGGCGAUGGAGACGAACAACAGUUCACUGGUGACGUUCGUGAACUAUGAGCGCACUUUCUGCGCUCUCGACUUGCGCUUCAACUGGUUCAAGGACGUGCAGAUCGUACAGAUCGACCACUUGCGGGUACAGAAGGAGCUAAACGCCAGCUGUCACAAAAUCAAACCAGCGAACAUCAACUGCACUUGUGUUCCCGAUCGUCUGGAACUGCUGGGCGACGAGGUCACCAACUUGGUAGCUGUGGACUGCUCCCAGCGACAUCUCAAGGAGAUGCCCACAGACCUGCCCCCCAACACUGUAAAGCUCAAUGUGUCAUACAACAACAUAACAUCACUGCAACCGGUGAGUGACGACCCAACAUACGAGCACUUGAGGCAGCUGAUCGUGGACUAUAACGACAUUGUGAACAUCGUGGAGCUGGAGGGUACCAAGUUCAUCGACAACUUCAUGUACUUCUCCAUCAGCCACAACAAACUUAAAACGAUACAUACAUACGUGCUGUCUAACAAGUUUGAUAUGACUGGCAUUUACACCACGUUCUCGAUCGGCGGAAACUACAUACACUGUGACUGCAACACGGAGAAGGUGCUUAAGCCGUGGUUGCUGGAGAACUUUAAGAACAUCCCGGACUACAAGAGUCUGGAGUGCGAAGGUGGUGGGGCGGUGGCAGAGCUCCUGGAAGCCGACGUAUGCCACUCCCCGAGGGACUGGACCGACUACAUCUACUACGUUAUCGGGCUAGAGGUUCUAGUGCUAGUCCUUCUGGUAACCAAGGUCUCGUACGACUACUGGGUGUUCAAGAGUGCAGGCUACUUGCCCUGGCCCGCGAAUAAAAUGCCGCGGCUGCCUUGUGACUGGCUCUGCGAGUGA